GGUAAACAUCCUUCGAGAAAUGUUUUAUGAAAUGUUUGUUUAUUUACUGUUUAUUUGUGGAUGACAGACACUUUCCCAGUAAUCGGACUGAGUGUAUUACAGUUGUUGCAUAUAAUUUGGCUGCUUCAGUAUGGCCACUCUGACGAGGCAGGACCUUAAUUUUGGCCAAGUUGUUGCUGACAUUCUGUGUGAGUUUUUGGAAGUGGCCAUUCACCUCAUCCUAUAUGUCCGAGAGAUCUAUCCAUCUGGUAUUUUUGAGAAAAGGAAGAAAUACAACGUACCUGUGCAGAUGUCAUGUCAUCCUGAGUUAAAUCAGUACAUUCAAGACACACUCCAUUGUGUCAAGCCACUGAUAGAGAAGAAUGAGGCUGAGAAGGUUGUAUUGGUGAUCAUGGAUAAAGAGCAUCAUCCAGUGGAGAGAUUUGUGUUUGAGAUCUCACAGCCUCCGCUGCUGUCCAUCAGCUCAGAGACUCUGCUGUCUCAUGUGGAGCAGCUGCUGAGAGCGAUGAUCUUAAAAAUCAGCGUAUGUGAUGCUGUUCUAGACAAUAAUCCUCCAGGAUGCACAUUCACAUUGCUGGUACACACCAGGGAAGCUGCCACAAGAAACAUGGAGAAAGUUCAGGUCAUCAAGGAUUUUCCGUGGAUUGUAGCAGAUGAGCAGGAAGUUCACAUGGAAGAGGCGAAACUCAUUCCUCUUAAAACGAUGACUUCUAAUAUUCUCAAGAUGCAGCUCUAUGUAGAAGAAAGAACACAGAAAAAUGUAUGCUCUGCAAACACAUGAAUGCAGCUGCAGUUGUUUACCACAGGAAGCAGGAACUUUUUAUAAUCGCUGACAACGGGCCUAUUUAUAAACUAGGUUUUGCUAACAUGACAAGUAUGUUGAGCUGGACUGUGCAUUUUAUUAAGUAAGUUGGACUAAUGUUUGUCAGUAUAUCUGAAUCUUUUACCUCUGUUUAAUUUUUUCUCAUGUUCAUUGUGCUGAAAUUGUCCCGUUUUAUUUUAAAUAUAUAUUUUUUGUUCUUUCACUGCCAAUUUCUACCUCUGUGACUCCCGAUACGUUUACAAAAUGAGAUGUGGAAGUAUUGUCCAUUGGUAGUUCAUAAUAAUAAAUGCAUAACUUAUGUUAACAAA